AUGGCCGCCACCCUGACAUUCCGGGCGCUGGUCUUGGCAGCCCUUUUGGCAGUCCUGGUACCCUACUGUUCCGCAUUCCGAUACAACCAGUCCCGUCAUGGAGAUGUCCAUGUGUCAGACGAACAGGACAUUUAUGCUGCUGAAGCCGAGGCUAUGAUGAAACACGAUGAAAGCGAGGAGGGAGAGGACCACGGCGACAUCGGAGUACCAGAUGGCGCUGAGUUCACGACAUUCAAUGUUAACGAGAAGGGCGACGAGGAAAUCGCGGGUUUCAUCUCAAAGGAUUUGGACGAGAAGACGAUCGAGCAUCUCUUUAUUGUUCUCCACGGGAGGCUAAGGGAUGGAAACGGCUACUGGAAGACGCUGAACAACGCCAUCAACAAGGCCAGAGACGACAACUUCCCCGGAACAGACCGCAAAAUGGCAGUGCUCGCCCCGCAGUUUUUCUCGACAAAAUUCAACUCUGGCCAGUACAAGAAAAAUCAGCUGGCGUGGGACGACUUGAACGCUUGGCAACCAGGUGGCCAGGCUACUCAUCCCGCAGAUACAAGCCUUACCUCUUUCGACGUCUUGGACGGCCUCAUCAAGCUCCAUUCAGACAAGGAGAAGUAUCCAAACCUAAAGAACGUCACCGUCAUUGGCCAUGGUGGCGGUGGUCAGCUUGCCCAGCGGUACUCGGCUCUGGGUAACGAUCCCCCUGACAAUGUCCACGUUCGGUACAUCCACGGCGACCCAUCGUCGUGUAUGUACUUCACCAAAGACCGUCCUAUUCUCUCAGACACCGAAACUUCGAAAAAGUCCUGCGAUUCCUACAAUAUCUGGAGAUACGGCUUCGACAAGUUCCCCGGCACGGGAGGCAAGCGCAUGACGCCAAAGGAAUAUUUCACGCAGUACGUCAGUCGAGACGUCGUCUCGAUAGUGGGAUUGCAGGAUACGGGGAGUGCCGGUGAUACGAGUUGCAUGGGGAACAUGCAAGGAGGCGAGAAUCGGCGUGCUCGCAACUUGAUCUGGUUCCGGUACAUCAACACGCUCGCGCGCACGGACGAAGACCUGGAGGGGUUCCCUGGUUCAUUCGAGGAUCUUCCUGACUGGAGCGACGCAGUGGAUGGAAAGAGCCAUCUACGACUCGUCGUUGUUGAGGAUGUGGCUCAUAAUGCGGAAGAGCUAUUCCAAGGAGAUCUCGGGCGAGGGGCGCUCUUCCACGAUGGCGACAUCGACGAAGGCUGGCGCCCCAAGAAGGACAACAACUAG